GCUGCUCCUACAAGAUCGGCAUGGCCGCGGCGCCUCACGUCAUGGUGCUGCCGUUCCCGGCGCAAGGCCACGUGACCCCGAUGAUGGAGCUAUCGCACCGCCUUGUCGACCACGGCUUCGAGGUAACCUUCGUCUGCACCGGGCUUACCCACGCGCUCCUCCUCGACACCAUGCGACGGAGCGCCAACAGCAGCGACGCGCUGGUGGAUGGUAUCCGCCUGGUCCCCAUACCGGACGGCAUGGCCGAGGGCGACGACCGCAGGGACCUCUGCAAGUUCGUGGAAGCGGUCUCUCGGCGCGUGCCGGGCUACUUGGGGGAUCUCAUCGGGGAGACGGAGGCGUCUGGGGGUGCAAAGGUGAAGUGGCUCGUUGCCGACGUGAACAUGGGGUUCUGCUUCCAGGUUGCCAUGAGCCUCGGCGUCCGGGUCGCCGGUUUCUGGCCGGCGGCAGCUUCGAGCCUUGGGACGUCGUUCAGGAUCCCCAAGAUCAUGCAGGAUGGAUUCAUUGACGAUAAGGGCUUUCCCAAGCGGCAGGGUUUGUACGAAGUCGCCCCCAAGAUGCCGCCCAUCUACGCAUCGCAUCUUCCGUGGAGCAUCGACGGCCCACCCGAUGAGCAGCAGGUAGUAUUCCACUUGGCAUCCAGCUACGCCCCAUGGACCAGACUCGCCGAGAUUACUGUGUGCAACUCCUUCCUCGACGCAGAGCCCACGGCGUUCGAGCUGUUCCCUGACAUAGUGCCUAUCGGACCUCUGUUCGCCGAUGAGGAGGUGCGGAAGCCCGUGGGGCAGUUCUGGCCGGAAGACCCGAGCUGCUUGGAAUGGCUCGACGGGCAGUCCGACAGCUCCGUCGUGUACGUGGCGUUCGGCAGCUUCACCAUCUUCGACCCGCGGCAGUUCCGUGAGCUCGCUGAGGGCCUGGAGCUCACCGGCCGGCCGUUCUUGUGGGUGGUGCGCCCGGACUUCACCUCCGGCGGUCUGACCAAGGCGUGGUUCGACGAGUUCCAGAGCCGCAUCGCGGGCAAGGGCAUGAUCGUCAGCUGGUGCCCCCAGCAGCAGGUUCUAGCACAUCCCUCGGUGGCAUGCUUUAUGUCGCACUGCGGGUGGAACUCGAGGACGGAGGGUGUCAGGAACGGCGUACCGAUCCUGUGCUGGCCCUACUUCGCCGACCAGUUUGCAAACCGGAGCUACAUCUGCGACAUCUGGAUGACGGGCUUGGCCGUGACUCCCGGGGAAAAUGGCGUCGUGACUAAAGACGAGGUAACCAGCAAACUGGAACAAAUCAUCGGCGACAAGGGAAUUGCGGAGAGGGUACGGACGCUCAGGGACGCAGCUCACAGCAGCCUUAGCGAGGGCGGCUCUUCAUAUGAGAAUUUCAAGGGGUUUGUUAAUCUCCUAAGCGAGUGAUUACUGGACCAUUUCAGUUUUCUAGGACG